UCACAUACGGGAAUACAAUGUCUCCACUGAUGACUCCACCUUCCAGCGUUCACCCUUUCACAAGCUCAUCGCCAUAAUUCACACGGACAACCCCCUCCGCCACCCCUUCACCCCUCACCCCCGCUGACCGGAUCUAUAAACCAUGACAGUCGUACUCCUCACCCUCGCGCUCUGCGUCGUCCCGUGGCCCAGCACCGCCCUUCCCUUCACGCCCGGGAAUAUGGGGAACCUGUUCGGGACGGCGGAGGAGGGUGACGGGCGGAUCCUGCAUCGGUCCAAGCGCGGCUGGAUGUGGAAUCAAUUCUUUCUGCUGGAGGAAUACACGGGAAACGACCAUCAAUACGUGGGCAAGCUUCACUCCAACAUGGAUAAAGAUGACGGCAACGUGAAGUACGUCCUGACGGGAGACGGGGCGGGCACCCUCUUCCUGAUCGACGAGAAGUCCGGGGAUAUUCAUGCCACCAAGAGGCUGGACAGAGAGGAGAAGGCAAUGUACACGCUACACGCCAAGGUUCUGGACCGGAGAACCAACGCCGAGCUGGAGCCUGACACCGAAUUCAACAUCAAAAUCCACGACAUCAAUGACAACGCGCCCAAAUUUGCAAAGGAAAUCUACUUUGCCAGCGUCCCUGAGAUGUCCGAAGUGGGUACAUCUGUUGUCACCAUAACCGCCACUGAUGCCGAUGAUCAAACGUACGGGAACAGCGCCAAGCUGGUGUACAGCAUCCUGCAGGGACAGCCUUAUUUCGCGGUGGAUUCAGAAAACGGAACCAUAAAGACGGCACUGCCCGGCAUGGACAGAGAGGUCAAAGAGAACUACCAGGUGGUGAUCCAGGCCAAGGACAUGGCCGGUCAGAUGGGGGGGCUUUCAGGAACCACCACGGUCAGCAUCACGCUCUUAGACGUGAACGACACUCCGCCACGCUUUGCUAACCAUUCCUUUCGCAUGACCGCCGUGGAGUCCACAGAAAUCGGAGGCGCCAUCGGACGGAUCAAAGCCGACGAUUCCGACCUGGGGCGCCACGCGGAGAUGGAGUACAGCAUCGUGAGCGGGCAUGACAUAUUCAACAUCGUCACGGACCAGGCCACACAGGAAGGAGUCAUCAUCAUCGAAAAGGCGCUGGAUUACGAGAGCAAGAAGGACUUCGAGUUCAGGGUGGAGGUGAAAAACACGUACCUCGACGCGCGGUUCAUCAACGGUCGGCAGUUCCACGACUUUGCCACGGUCAGGGUGACGGUGGAGGACGUGGACGAGCCUCCAGUUUUCACCCGAAACCCAUACAUCUUCGAGGUGCACGAAGACACGGCCGCGGGCAGCUUCGUCGGCGUGGUGUCGGCCCGAGACCCCGACGCCGACAACAACCCGGUCAAAUACUCCAUCGAUCGGCACACAGAUCUGGAGAGGCUGUUCAACAUUGACUCGGUGAACGGGACGAUCACAACGCUGAAGGCUCUGGACAGAGAAAUGUCCAGAUGGCACAACAUCUCCGUGGUGGCCACCGAAAUGAAUAACCCCCGUCAGACCACUCGAGUGCCCGUGGCCAUCAAGGUGUUGGACGUCAACGACAACGCCCCGGAGUUCGCCAUGUCCUACGACACGUUCGUCUGUGAGAACGUCAAGGCAGGACAGCUCAUUCAGACUAUCAGUGCCGUUGACACAGACGAACCGCUGGUUGGACACAAGUUCGCCUUCAGCAUCAACCCCACCAAUCCAAACUUCACCAUCGAGGAUCGGGACGAUAACACCGCCAAUAUCCUGACGCGGCGGGACGGCUUCAGCCGGCGCGAGAUGAGCCUGUACUUCCUGCCCGUGGUGAUCUCGGACAACGACUACCCGAUCCAGAGCAGCACCAGCACGCUCAUCGUGCGCGUGUGCGCCUGCGACAGCCGGGGAAACAUGCAGUCCUGCAACCCCGAGGUCCUGCCCUUCUCCGACGGCCUCACCACCGGAGCGCUGGUGGCCAUCCUGCUGUGUGUGAUCAUCCUGCUCAUGAUCGUGGUGCUGUUCGCCGCCCUGAGGAGGCAGAGGAAGAAGGAGCCUCUGAUCAUCUCCAAAGAGGAUGUCAGAGACAACGUCGUCAGCUACAACGAUGAAGGGGGCGGAGAGGAGGACACUCAGGCCUUUGAUAUCGGGACGCUGCGCAACCCGGAGGUGAUGGAUGCUAACAAGCUACGCAGGGACAUCAUACCUGAAAUGCUGUUUCCCUUUCGGAGGACAUCACCGAUAAAGGAUAACACUGACGUCAGGGACUUCAUUACCGGGAGGCUCCAGGAGAACGACUCGGACCCCACGGCGCCCCCGUACGACUCCCUGGCCACGUACGCCUAUGAGGGCAGCGGGUCGCUGGCGGAGUCCCUCAGCUCGCUGGAGUCCGCCGCCACCGAGGGGGACCAGGACUACGAUUACCUCAGCAACUGGGGGCCACAGUUCAAAAAGCUGGCAGAAAUGUACAUAGGCAAGAGUCCCGAUAGAGAGACCUAAACCGACGCCAUGGCCGUCUCUCUCUUCUUCAAGCUCUUUUUGUUUUUCUUUUCUUUUUCUUUCCCUCCGUCUGUUUAUCUUCACUAGCUAGCCAGGCAUCUCGUUUGGUCUCGUUAGCUAGCUGGUUAGUUGGCUGUCUGUUCGCCUAUCUAUUGAGCUAUCUAUCUGUUUAUCUGUCUAGUUUGCUAGCUAGCUUUGCUAGUUAACUAGUUGUCCGUCAUACACAUGCACACGCACAACACACUCACGUGCACUCGAAGAUGUCCGCGAUCCAAACGUGGAAGCAGAAAAUCAAGACUCGCACUGAGUUUUCCAUUAAUGGAGACACAGUUGGAAAAAAAAAAAAAGAAAAAAA